GCGCACUGCAGUCAGUCUUAACCCACUGUUUAGUGGAGAGCAAAUACUGUAAAUAAAAAAUCCACUAAAUUAGUGGAUAAAAAACAAUUCGCAUAUUUUUAUAAUUUUGUCUUUCAUUUAACAAUCUGGUGACACGCUAUUAAAGACAGUUCUGAGUUACAAAAGUCCGACUCAAGGACAUUUAAAACUAUCGAUUUUUUGUGAGUAAUUAGACCACACAGCUGAUUACAAAAACCAUCGGCAUUCGUCAUGGAAUAAGCAGACCUCUACUCUUCGAUCAAGAAGAUGUGUACCCCCGUCGGUAUAUACGAGUACAACCCAAAGGAUCUGAUCGGACAUGGGGCCUUUGCAGUUGUAUACAAGGGUCGACUUAAAGCGGCCCCGCACAGUGUGGUUGCCAUCAAAGCGAUUGCAAAAAAGAACCUAGCAAAAUCACAAAAUCUUCUUGGUAAAGAAAUCAAAAUUUUAAAGGAACUAACCCAGUUGGCGCAUAGCAAUGUGGUGGCUCUCCUUGACUGUAAGGAGACCGCCCAGCAGGUGUUCCUUGUUAUGGAGUACUGUAACGGGGGAGAUCUCGCAGAUUAUUUAAAUGCUAAAGGGACAUUGACAGAAGACACUAUUCAACUGUUCUUACGUCAGUUAGCUGGAGCCAUGUACGCGAUUACAAGUAAGGGAAUAGUGCACAGAGAUCUUAAACCUCAAAACAUACUUCUAGCACACGACGGUAGAACCAGGAAUCCCGCGCCUGCAGAUAUAUGGUUAAAAAUUGCGGAUUUCGGGUUUGCAAGAUUUUUGCAAGAUGGGACUAUGGCAGCUACGCUCUGUGGUUCACCUAUGUAUAUGGCGCCUGAGGUGAUCAUGAGCCUGCAGUACGAUGGUAAAGCUGAUCUCUGGUCCCUGGGAACUAUUGUGUUUCAGUGUCUAACUGGGAAAGCACCAUUCCAGGCACAGACCCCCCAGGCCCUGAAGCAGUUCUACGAGAAGAAUAGUAAACUUGCUCCUAGACUUCCAACAGGUAUCUCGAGCCCCCUGGCCCACCUCCUCACCAACCUGCUGAAGAGAGAUGCCAGGGAAAGGAUGGAGUUCGAUUCUUUCUUCCAUCAUCCAUUCCUGGCUGAACCAAGUCCAGUUGAACCGGCUGCAGGAGUUCAGCACUCCGAGGGAAUGAAAAUUCCAGAGGGUCGGAGGCAAGAUGACGGUAGGAGGGAGAUGGAGGGUCGGAGGCUUGAGGACGGCGGGAAGCUGGAGGGAUCUCCGGUUCCAGGGAUGCUGCCUCCGUCUCCUGCUAUCACUACAGUGGUUAUGCCAUCCCAGGUUCAGAAGAUGGAGACAAGUGAUAUGAGUAGUCCAGGGGGUGGACAAGGGAAGGAGGAGAGGAGGAGAGGGGAGGAGAAUAGUUCUCCAGAUAUGGAUCAGGAGUUGGACUACGUAGUAGUGCCUAACAGUAUGGUUGGGGAUUCAACAGCCAGGAAUAAGAAUACGGGUGUUUCUACUUUAACCGGAAAGAGAUUGGGUCGACCUGGAUCUCUGCCGGUCAACUGUAAGACCAAUCCUUCAGAACCUAUCCCGGUUCCGACCCAGCGAGCUGCUUACGCAGCAAUCCAGAACUCCUUGGUCACCUCUAGAGGAAACCUGGACGAGAAGACCAGCGUCUCCGCCAUGUCAGGAGUCAGCUCCGCCUCCGGGGGCUCCACCCUAGGCCCACUCCCAGAGGACGAGACGGUUGAUGUUCUGCAACCGUCUCCCGCCGUUCUUCGUCGACCUCGAACAACCUCCCUGACCUCCCCCGCCUCCUCUCCCCGCUCCCCUAACAAACAGUUCGCCAGCAAGUCUCGGAGGGUGUCCGCCCCUCCUGCCUCCGCCCCUGAUGUAAUUUCCAUGUCUCCGCCCAACAUCCAGUUCUCUAUGGGAACACCCCCUGUUCCCCACCGCCGCCGAACCAGUAGCGGAAGUAGCAGUUCCGCCUGCGGGAACUCUCCGCCAAACACCUCCUGGACAGUUUCUCCUCCGCACUCUCAACCCUGGACCAUAUCUCCUAGAUCAUCUCCUCUCCGCCAUUCAAGAUCUGGCAGGUUUACACCCCCCUCCCUUCCGCCAAUACUUGGCUCACCCAACCAAUGGUCGGAGAACUCAGAGAACAACAACUCCGACCUACACAGGGCUAAUACAGACACCCAGCUUGUUCCCAGCUCAGCUCCCCGAAACAAGGUAGUGUUGAACUACUCCCCCUCCCUCCCCACCAAUCUCUCCUCCACCCCCUCCAGGAGAUCCUCAGGAUGUUUUGACAAGGAGAAUCAGUAUCCAGGGUGCCCCCUGCCCCCUCCUGAUCUCUCUGAAGAGACUCUCCUGGCUCCUGAACAUAAUGAAGUCUUGUCUAAACUUAGAUUUAUCUCUAUGCUCGUUGACACAAUUAUAGGCGUUGCUCGAAGCAAAGCUGCCCCUCUCUCAGGACUGACUGAUUCAACACGACUACCCCCAGAUGGAGGUGACAGCGCACUACAGCGGAGGUUACAGCAGCUGUUAUUGUAUAUGCGCUGUUUACAGCUGUUGUCACAGACAUUGGAUUAUGCGCGAGCAGAGCUCAAGGCUAAACGUUUGAAACCUUCAACAACUGUCAAAAACACACUGGCUACCCUCAACGAAAGGUUUCGCCACUGUUUAUCGAUGAGUAAGAUGUUAAAUGCUGAGAAUAUUCUCUCUGAGGCAGGAAUAGAUCCUAGUGAUACUACCCUCACAGCAGAUAGAUUGUUGUACAACCAUGCAAUAGAACAGUGUCAGACUGCUGCAUUAGAUGAACUAUUUGAUAAUCCAGGAGAAUGUGUUCAGAGGUAUCAGGCUGCUCACGUUCUACUUCACGCACUUCAAUUCCAAACCAGUUCUCAGGAGGAUAAGGCCACCCUGAACAAGUACAAAGACGCUGUGGAGAAACGACUCCAUAUUCUAGAGGAGCAGGGUUAUGUUUACGCAUACGAAACCAUUCUAAACUAGAUGCGUCAAUCUCAGCUAGAUGCGUCAAUCGGAGAUGCGUCAUUCUUCAAUGUUGCUUCAGCUAGUUAAAAUUACAUUUUUCUUCAAUCUUGAAAUUUUUUUAGAAGAUUUCAUCUUUCUAAUUUCUCUCAUUGAAAACAGAAAUAUGUCUAUAUUAGCAUAAUGCUUGGUAUAAUACUAAUAUCCCCCCCCAUGUUGUAUUUGUAUAAAGAUAUACCCCUCCCCCUGCAUUUGUAUAAGGGUAUACGACAGUAUUUUAAUCUAUUCUAUAGUCUAUACUUACACCAUUUAAAUAUUUAUAAUAUAUCUAAAAUACAUAAAAAAUAUCGAGUACAUAAAACUCACUGUACAUAAUAAAAUAGAAGCUUGUAUUUUAAACCCCCCAUACUAUUAUAUCGUACAAAGUAUUAGUAUUUUAAUACUUGUACAUAAGGUCUUUCUCAGCCGCGCUAGGCCAAAGAUUAAUGUGUACCCCGUUGUACACGAUAAUUAUAUGUACUGCUUUUUAUUUAGUCUAAUUCUCUUAUUUUUUUUGCAUUUCGUAGUUAGCAACAAUUUUGAUUAGUUGUCUGUGGUCCAAUUUGAAUAAUAUUGAAAAAUUAAGCGAAAAUUCAUUCAGAUCAGAUUUGAUAUUUUAAUGCUAAAGGUAUAUGUAAUCCAUACUGAAAUGUACUUUUAACUCACGCCAAACCAAAUCUAUAAAACUUAAAAUUGCAUUAUUUAUCUCUUUCUGGUGAUUUUAGUGUUUUUAGUUUAGUUGCGCCAUAUUUUUAAUAAGUCUUGUGACAGCACCUUCAUCUUACAUAUAUUUUCUGGAACCAACCGUAGCACAAAACAAGCUGUAAAGUUUUUUGUAUAAUGUGUAAGGCCUAAUAAUAAGUUUGUAUUUUAAAAAAAAUUAAAAAUUCCAAAUGCCACGAAUCUAGUCCAAAUUGGUAUUUGUACUUUGUAAAUAUUAUUGUAAAUUUAGAAAUGCGCCAAAUCUGUUGAAACUUGGUGAAUUUUUCCAUCUAGGUUUCAUGGAUUUUCGCACGAGCACAUUCAUGUUACUAUUCUCCUUUUUUAAUUAUUCUGUAGUAGUUGUACACAAUAAUACAUGUUUAUUCAUACCGCCUUGUAUGUACUUCAAGACGUUGUACAGUGUACAGACAGUAGUAUACUGUACACACCUUAGUUUGUACCCUCAGUUUAAUAUUCAUCCUGUUUAUUCAUUCUGGUUUUUUGUUGGAACUUUAAUGUUACUUUAAACUUGUCUUUCUUCAACCAUACAUAUAAAUGGUUUCAUUAUUGUUCCGUAUAUGUUACUAAUACUAGUAUAUGAGCUUUAAAACAAGAAAACAAAAUAAAAAUUGUAAAAUUUG